AUGGGAGGCAUCAGUAACAUGAAUAAGAUCAGAGGACCCUCAAAAUACAACGCAAAAAGGGUAGCUAAGCAUAAUAGCAAAAGAGCAACCAAAGUAGUGCCUGCUGUUACUACAAAAAGAGUUGUUACAAAAAAGAAGCAGAAACAGUUAGAAAAGGCACUCAAGAAUCAAAAGAAAUUAUUGGCAGCAAAAGGCAUUAUAGAAUACGAGGAAGACAUGAAGGAUGUUGCACUUCCGGAUCCAGGCAGACAAAGAGUUAUCACCGCCUGUAUACCUCCUGAUGAAGUUUUAGCUGCUGCUGCUGCAGGUCCAGGCACAAUACUUGGGGCCCCUCAACAAUUGUAA